AUGCUAAACGCCUGCCUCAGUGAACCUUUCCAAGGUUCAACUUUGCCUCAAGCAGCUCGAGCGCCGCAGUUGAAGGAUCCGGGCCAUGAGUCCACAGUCGAUCGUCCAGCAGCAUUGCGAGCAAGCCCUAAAGCGCUGGACACAGGCAUAUUUGUAGCACAAGAUGUUCAGACACCUGAAUCUUCGCCUUUCUUUGUCGAUAAAGUCCGGUUUGGUCCACCUCACAGUGUGAGACCUCAAAGGUUUGCGAGUCCACAAGGGACUUUCGGAGCAAGCUGCUUAAGCUCUAGCUCCCCAAGCUGCACACCAGUCACGCAGUUUGCAGGCGUCGCAGCCACCAUGACUUCCACAGUGGCCGAGGACAGAUUGCAGCGCCGGCUACAUCAGGCGCGCGCCGCUAUGGUUAGGUGUGACGAGGAGCUUCAAAAGCUUGCUGCAGAGGAAGUGGCAGAGAUAGAAGCAGAAAACUGCACAAAGGCACGCGGUGAAGGCCUACACAAUCAGUUGGAUAUGGAGCAAAUCGAACAAGAGCUCUUUGAUUGCAAGAAGAGGGUUGCACGGCUAGAGCACUUGAACAAGAUCCAGAUAGGCUAUGGAGCUGAGGAGGCUCCCAGCGAUGCAUCUACUUCCGCAAGCUUUGGCGUUGAGGACACCUGGCAGCAGCGUGCAGAGGCUUUGCGUGAUGAAUUGCUGCGUCAGUCAGCGAUAGUGACUGAAUUGCAGGACCGCAUCCACUGGUUGCGAGCGCAGCUCCGAAGGCAGCCUGGGCUUCAGGAUAAGAGGAUGCAAGAAAUUGUCGACACUUUUGCUGAAAUGGCGGAGAUGGUUCCCAAGUACGAGCGAGUUGCUGCAAUUGGUCAGCUUCUCGCUGAGAUUGCAAAUCAAGCAACCUAUGUGGGCGAAGAAACCUAA